UGUGUACUCAGCAAGUGUUUUAGUGAUAAUAUAAAAUAUAUAUUAGGCAAAUUUACUUUAGCUUACAACCUCAAAUCUGUGAUGGAGCUAUUAGCUGGAGCCGUGCCAAACAGGAUUUUAGUUUAAAACUAUACUAGUGUUAAUGAAGACACUAUAAAUUUUAUUUUAUAGUAAACCACAAUGUGAUAGCUGUUCAUUAAGUUGGUAAUUUUGAACCUAUUUAUCUGUAAGGGUCUUCUAUGACCAGAUACUUGGAGCAGCCAUACAUUUAAUCCAUUUCAAAUGCUACUUUGUAUGCAAUGACCAAAGAGGCAUAAAAUCUUGUUAAUAAGUAAUAACUAAUGAAUAAUGAUAUUAGACCAUUAUUACUGACAUAAGAGGCCACUCAUAUCGUUAACAUCAUUAGUAGCAGAGUUGAAGGAUUGGAAAACACAGUAAUAAUUGCAAUGUUGAUCUCUCUGUAGGAUAACUGUUCUGAAAUGAGGAAGCCCGAUAAACUGAUAAACUAUUAUGAAAUGAAGUGACUAAUAGUUAAUUCAACACUGGUAUGGCCUUAGAUGAAGUUGUGCUGUUUUAUCAUUUUUCUGACACCCCAAAUCCUAAAUUUCAUUUCUUAUGUGAUCCUCACUUUACUAUACACAAUAAGAAUGUUGGGAUUUUUUGGGCACUGUGGAGUGGGGGCAUUUCUUAUGUGAUCUGCAUAUAUGAUAAUUUUUUGGUUUCAAAACUAAAAACUUUGAAAGCUAUUUGUAUUUGAUGGACAAAGUAUCAGAUUUGAUUGUAUCUUGGCAAAGUUUAAAUUAUUUUGAUGAGAUGAACUACUUUAGUAAUGAAUUUCUGACUUUUGCAGUGACAUCACCAAUGAAUGGAAUUUUGGAGAGAGUAGGACAGAAGGAAGGAGGUUCAUCAAUGACAGUGGAUCAGAUAAUCAGUGUAUUGAAUGAUCUGGAGUGCAUUUCUACCACUAGGGACCCAGAACAAUUCACUUUCGAUUUAAACAAAUUGGUCGAGACAUGUCGAAAUGAUGAGGUAGAGUCUCUUGUGAAAAAGAAACAUGGGCAAGAAGCUUAUACAAUUUUUAGGUUAUUACUGAAACAAGGUGGUCCAGUUGAGACUGAUGAAAUUACUGACAGGACAAUUCUAGACAAGCAGAUUGUUCACGAAACUUUAUACAAACUUUGGAAGGAUGAAUACAUAGAUUCAGAGAGAGUCCCUUCUGCGGCAUCAGGAACAGGAAAUUCACACUUUCUUGUUUGGAGAGUGAAAAAUACAUAUCGGGAACAUUACAUCGAUCAUCUUUAUCAUGCUGCUUUAAACUUGCGCCUGAUGGCCAAUUGCAUGGCUGAACUACUUGAGGAAGGCUGCUUCGAACCCAGGACCUGGUGCUCGGUGGGUGAGCUUCUCACCAACUGCACCAAGCCUGCCCUUCUAAAAGAAAAGGUGGCAGGGAGAAUCGAACUGUGGUCUAAGCAAUGGAAAAAGGCAACCUUGCCACUGCACUAUUCGUUCGUUUUAAGCCGCAUUCUUUAAUCUAGAGUACAAAUUGCAAUGGUACAAAGGAUGAAACCAAACGUCAGAUCAGAGAGAAGAUUUUGACCCCUCUCACUAGACAUGACGAAUCCCUCAUGAUGUUCCAUGAUUUUUUAUGACACAAG